GAAUGACCUUGUGGCGCGUAUUAACUAUGGUAACAAGUCAAGUGAAUUAUUAAACUUAAAUCUACUACUUUAACACAAAUUCAUCUAUAAGUUGGGACAAACAUAUUGACAGUUUAUUUCGUUCUUCCUAAUGGUGAUAUUAAUCUGUUUCCCCAAGACUCUGACUUGGUUUUCAAGACGUACAUUUUCAACUUCAGGAAUAAAUUAUUCACCUCGUAAUGCUUUCUCGGAUUACGCUUACAAAAAACGUACACUUCUUAACUAUACCGUGUCUUUUGGAAUAUUCAUGGCUGGAGUCGGAUAUGGCACUGUACCACUAUAUCGUAUAUAUUGCAGUAAAACUGGAUCUGGUACCAAUUCAAGUUUUGCAAUGGCUAAACGUGAAAAAAUCAAAACAAUGAAACCAGUUAGAGAUCGUGAUUUUAUUGUUUAUUUUUCUGCUGAUACACAUUCACUAAUGAAUUGGAAAUUUAAACCGUCACAAACCGCGUUGAGAGUUGUACCUGGUGAAACUGCACUGGCAUUCUUCUCAGCUGAGAAUCCAACUGAUAAACCAAUUGUCGGAAUUGCCACCUAUUCGAUUGUUCCAAUUGAAGCAUCAAAGUAUUUUCACAAAAUACAAUGUUUUUGCUUCGAAGAACAACGUCUGAAUCCACAUGAAAAAGUUGACUUACCUGUAUUUUUCUUCAUUGAUCCAGAGAUCAAUUCUAAUCGUCUAUUAAGUCCAGUUACAAGUAUUGUAUUAAAUUAUACUUUUUUUGAAGCAAAGAAAUCGAAAUUAUAUAUCCCAGGGAUAUCUACUCCAGAAGUACAGAACUUAGAGGCUGUGCCCAGUGUUUAAGUUAAAUGGCGAAUAGCAGAAAUUUAAUCUACCCUCAGACAAAUUGUACACAGAAUUUCUUCUAUAUGCUAAUUAAUAUUUCUGUAAAUAAAUUAUUUGAAUUAGAAAAAGU